AUGGGCUAUUAUAGGGUCAAGAGGAAAUUCAUAAAGUUCUUAAAUUUCCCAAUUAGAUUCUAUUUCGAAACAAUCCUUGUUGCUACCCUCUGCCCAGUUAUUAUCGGCUUGGGUGAGUCUUUUUAUGCAAUUGCAAAAGGCGACAGAGAUCCAAGGACAAUAAUAGCUUUUGUUCUAUUCAUUCUUUCAGAUGCAUAUGAAUCAUAUUCUUUCACAAUGGUUCAGGAAUUUGCUGCAAAAUCCGUUUGGAUUAAUAUUUCCCCGCUUUUAAACUUUGAUCCAACAAUCAUGACACUCGUUAUCAUUACAAUGAAUGUUAUUCUUAUCCCAUUCUUCGUUUUACUUCUUUUCGAGUAUUGGGCAUUUUUAUUUGCAUUAGUCAUUCAUUUUGCUAUUUUUGCCUACCUUAUGGGUUACAUGCUCAUGAAAAUUCCAUUUAUCGAUCUGCUAACAAACAGUAUGGGUGUUGGGUGGUAUGUUGGUUGCUUACUAGCAGAUGCCAUCAUGUUUGUUGCUACAUUCUAUCAGAACAUACACUAUGCAGUUCCACUACUUGCCGCUUUGGUAGGUUUCAUGGGUACAAUUCCAGCUUUUAUGAUAUUUUUCAUUUUUCGUGAGAAAAGUAUCGUCAAAUCGAUAGCAGAAGAAAUUAAGAAUCAAGAUGAAGCAAACGAGUAUUACACACAACUCGGAAUCGACACUAAUCCCGAUAAGGCUUUAUUAUAUCUCAGACUUGCUUUCCAAAACUGUCUUCCGAACUUCUACAAUUGGACAUUAAUGAAUUUUAUUGUGGAUCAUCAUGAAUCUGAAACGAUUCUCGCUACAAGUUUACAGAUUUUGAAUUUCUUCCCAAAGGAAACACGCCUUCAGAAUAAAAUCCAGCGUAUUAUCCUUAAGAGGAGGAAACUGAAACCAUCAACCCGCUUCCUUCUUUAUCAAGUUGAUGCUGUGAAAACAUUAAGACAAUUCUCAGUUUCAACGGCAUCGAAACUUAAACUGAUUGAAUUAAAGACAAUGAGCCGCCAUUGCGAGAUGCUUACCAAAGGUGCGAUAGACAACUCCGCACUUGAGCCACAUUAUUUUGAACAACUUGCUGCAUCUGCACAAUCUGCUCGCGCCAUCUGGAAAGAAGCUCUUUUAGGAUCACCAAACAAUCCAAAGUUCUGCGAAGAAUACACAAGAUAUUUGAUUGAAUGCGAAUGCGAUUUCCCAGAAGGCCUUAAAAUGAAGCACAGACAGCAAGUUAUCGAAAUGGGUAACAGUUUCUCUGUCGAUCACUCUUUCAGAUCCAUGGUUGUUGCAUUUCCGAAAUAUCUUACCCAGAAGAUCCUUGAUUUACAAGGCGGUGUUAUCAAGAAGAAGCUUAAUGAUCCAAAGGGAAGCCAAAGCAACAGCACCAACACCAACAGUAACAGUCAAGGUUCAUUCCAGUCAACAAUGAAUGACGAAGCUUUAGAUGCAGAACUCGAAGAAUACGUCGGCAAACAGACUAUUACACUCUCAAGAACAAGACUUGCAUUGCAUAGAACUCUUGAAAACAAACUUCCAAGGUCAAUUAAAGUUUUGGUUCCUGUUGCUACUUUUGUUGUUAUUUACGUCAUUGCAUGCUUCGUUUUUGGCAACGUUUCAUCAAGUAUGAUGCUCGAAGAUAUGGUUCAGUCCAUGGACCAGCUUGAUUCAAUUUCGAAGACAAGAUUCUACCUUGCUCUCUCCAACAUCCACAUCAUCUUUUCAUAUGCCAAAGCCAACGAUGUAAUGGAUAAAUAUAUGGAAGUUUUGAAGGGAAUCCAACCAAAAGAUCACUAUCUUUACGUUAACUUAUUUGAAAACCUCAUCGUCCCAACAGUUAAUCUUACAGCACAUGCUUCAAAGAACCUUGACCAAUUCACAGAAAUUUUAUCGGAUUUGGCCCUUAAAGGCACAGAUGUUUUCAAGAUUGCUAGCGUUCUUAUGAAUCCUGAGCAAUUGGUUGCAUCAUGCAUGUAUACUCCUGCACUUCCAAUUGCACCGGGAGUUACAAUUCCUUACGCCCUUCCUGUUACGAUUAACGGCCAACCAGUUUAUUCACCUGCAUCACUUAGUACUUUAAUGGCAGGAACACUUGUCAAUCAAAGAGAAUUUUCUGGAGAGAAAUCAGCCAAAUAUUUGAUGACAAGCCCGGCCACAUGCGAAGUGUCAUUGAAUUUCAAGUCAAUCUUCAUCGGUUCUAAUGAAAUUUUUGGAAAUAUUUCUGUUUUCCAAAAUCAAAAAGGUGAAGGCUUGAAAUCAUUCUUCGCAUUUGUUUCAAUCCUUGUUCCAGUUAUCACAUUCUUUAUUGCCUUCUGCCCAUUCAUUAUCAUUCAUUUCCUCACAUUAAAGUCAUUGAAACAGAUUGUUGAAAUCAUCAAAAGCUUCGACAACAAAGCAAAGGCUGAGGCCAAGGAAAUGAUUUUAAUUCAAAGUGGCACCGAAGAUCAAAGAAUGGCAGAAAUGCAUACGAAAUCAAAAGCAAGUAUUGUAUACAUCGUUGUUAUUGGCAUUAUAUCUGUGAUCUUCUUAAUCAUGACAUUAAUUGGAUGCAGAUUUGUCGUUAAUGCAAACACAAACAUCAUUAACAUUAAUGGCUGGAACAGAUAUGCAUCAGCAAGGUUGUCAUUGGCUGCAGAAACUCUUAACUUAAUUGCAACAUCAGUUGCAAAGAAAGGCAUUGCAAGGUCUUAUAUUUACACGAAUCGUGAAUUGAUUUAUAAGAUGUUAAAGACCCUUUCAGGAUAUUUAGUUGAAGCAGAGAAUUCUUUAAUCGAUGGAACAAACGAAACAGUUCCUUGCCAAGGUUUCGAUUCUGAACUAGAUAAUUUGAACAUUAUUAACCAGGAAAUAACAUCAGAAACAGAUGAUCCAGCAGACUAUUACGGCAAAGUUUCUAUCCAUCAGCAAAUUUCUAUUUUCUCAAACUAUAUCGAUACAAUUCUUCAAGAUUUCAUGUCAAAUAAGUCAUUAAACGUAGAAGUUGUUGCAAACGCAAUCAAUAUCGCCAAUGCUUAUCUAUUUGAGAGAAUGUUCCAAGUAACCCAAAGACUUUUAGUAUUGGCUCAGAAACAAUACGAUAAGAUCAUGACAAUGUUUUACAUUUGCGCUGCUGUUUUAGUUGUUCUUUCAAUAAUUUUCGUUAUUGUAAUUGCUGCUUAUUACAACAACAGAGCAAGUGCAUAUAAAGCCACCAUAUUUGUUCUAAAAAGAUUCUCUCCAUACGCUUUACUCAACAACAAGAAGUUCUCAAAGAUAUUCUUGAAAGGAAAGGAUCAAGAAAAAGAUGAUAGAUUAUCCACAGAAGGAUUAAUCAUCAGGAAUGCAAACGACCCAAUCUUUUGCACAAACCUUUUAGGCGUUGUUGAAAUUGUCAAUAACUCCGUUUCAACAUUGUUAGGAUACACACCUGAACAGAUCUUAGGUCAAAAUGUUUCAUCCUUCUUCGCAACAAUUGAUAUGGAAAAGGUUUCCCAGAAGAUGGAACAAAUGAAGACAGGUCAGUCAUCAAGCUUCUAUGAAGAUGAUUACACAGUUGUUUCUGAUGCUUCUAAGGAUAUCCCUGUUCACGCAACAAUCAUCGGAAUGAAGAAAGAGAAGGAUACAGAUGUCAGCUCAUUUGUUGUCAUUUUAAGAGAUCAGACAGCUUUAGUUGAACAGAAGAAGGCAGCUGAAGAAGCUAAAGCCAAAUCAGAGAAGUUAUUGUAUCAGAUCCUUCCAAGAGAUAUCGUCGUUCAACUCAACAGAGGCGAAAAAGAUAUUUCUUUCGUUGUUCCAUCAGCAACAAUCAUCUUCAUCGAUAUCAACAAGUUCUCAGAAUACGCUGCAAACUUAAGUCCACAAGAUAUCAUGGCAAACUUGUCUUAUUACUUCGCUUGCAUUGAUAAAUUGGCAGCUAAGCAUACAAUGAUCACAAAGAUCAAAUUAAUUGGUGAUAUUUAUAUGGCUGCUGCAGGUUUAUUCAACCUCGAUUCUCCACCAGAAUCACAUGCAGAACAAGUCAUCCAAUUCGCUAUUGAGUGCGUCAGCAUCUUAGAUGAAGUCAAUAUCAAGUUGGAUGCAAGUUUACAGAUCAGAAUCGGUAUCAACACUGGUGGCCCAGUCAUCGCUGGUGUUUUAGGUACUGAUAAGCCUGCUUUCGAUAUUAUUGGCGAUCCAAUCAAUGUUGCAGCUAGAUUGCAAAGUACUGAUGAAGUUAACCACAUCCACAUUUCUCAGGCAACUUUCGAUUUGAUCAGGGGUUCUAAUUACGAAGUCACACAACGCGGUGAAACAUUCCUCAAGGGUAAGGGCAAGCAGAUGACUUAUUAUGUUACUGUUCCUCCAACGGUCUUCAAUGCAACAGGAUCUCAAGUGUUCAAAUCAUAA